CCUAUAGGGUUUGGCACUGGGUUUCUGCUGAAGGCUACAACUCUUCUAACUGAAGAAUUGAAAGACUGGAUCAAAAUACCAGGGGAAAUACUUAUAAACACUCUUAAGAUGUUUGCUAUAUCCCUCAUCGUGACAAGCGUGGUUGCAGGAGUAACUGGAUUAAACACCAGAGUGUCUAGAAAAACAGCUAUCAUCACAGGGACCUUCGUCUGUGGCUCUACCUUGAUAGCCGUAAUUCUCGGAAUGUUUCUGGCUCUCACAAUCAAGCCUGGUGUGGGAGACCAUGAAGUAAGCAAGGAAAAAGAGGAUAAGUCGACCUUCGUCUUGCACGUGAUCUUUCAAGAUCUUAUAAGGAAUAUGGUUCCAGAGAACUUCUUUCAGGCUUUCUAUGAGCAGUACAAGACUGAGAUUAUUCAGAUUCAUAAACAACCUGACCUCUCCCUUGAUCCAAACCUGAAUGAUACUGAGACGAAACUAGUAGGCAAGUAUGUUGAUGGACCCAACAUGAUAGGACUGGUCAUCUGGUCAUUUGUCAUCGGCMUCYUGUUAAAYARGRUGGGACAGGAGGCAAGAAUCACMGUGGAGRCCAUUCAAUGCCUCAACGAUGCCAUAAAAGUUAUAGUCAACUGGAUUUUGUGGUACAUGCCAAUUGGAGUUAUGUUCCUGAUCAUGGAACAUGUGUUGGAUGUUACAGACUGGGGUGCUGUCGUUAAGCUCACAAAGUUUGUAGGAGUGUUCUUUGCAGGGGAAGCAAUCCAAGCCUUCAUUCUUUUCCCCGUGCUUUACCUCAUUUUCACCAGACGGAACCCUUUUCUUAUCUUCAAGGACAUCUCUAAGGCUUUGACGACAGCAUUUAUCAUUGCAUCCAGUGCCGCCACUCUGCCUGUCACCUUACAAUGCUGUGAAGAGAACGUGAUGAUCGAUAAGAAACUCUGCCGCGUUAUGUUGCCCAUCGUCACCAGCAUCAAUAGGACUGGAAUGGUGCUCUAUGAAGUGGUCGCUACCAUCUUUGUUGCCCAGCUUCAUGAUAUCACGCUGGACAUUGGCCAGAUCAUCGCCAUUGGCUUGACUAGUGCCAUUGUCACCUUUGGAAGUGCAGGGAUCCCACAAACAGGAGCUGUGACCACUAUCCUGAUUCUGACAGCUGUGGGACUGCCUGCAGAGGAUGCUGCCAUGCUGGUUGGGGUGGAGUGGAUUCUAGACCAUUUCAUCACGUCGGUGAAUGUGCUAGUAAAUGUCUUUGGUGUUGCUAUCACCAACCAUGUGUGGCAUGACAACCUAAAACUGGACAAAAUACCAAGUKUCGAUGAGCCUYGUCUCRUUAAGGAYAUYGAGCUGGASUUWKCCUKUWUGGAMUCUGAUGAAGAGUUCAUCYCCUCSGUUUCUGCCGCCCCUACUAGAUCCAUUUCACCGCGAAGAGGGCAUCAUCGCAACGUAGUAACACCAACAAGCUGAAACCUCUGGACAGGGAUGUCACCAUCCUGGGACAACAGACGUUUCUCCAGUGUUUCCUCACUAAUCAACAUGAGCUGCCACAGAUUCUCCCAUUUUUUCCAAUUUACUGGUUAAUUGAUUCCACCGUUGUCUUCUUGAUGGUAACAGCUGUGCCUAGUUGUCUGAUUAUGCUCCGUAGGUAUUUAGUUUUUUGUUUCUUUAUGCCAGAGCUACCUGUUCUUGAGCCUGUGUCUGUUCGAAAUACCACUUGAAGUAUUAAAAACACUGCGAUUCCUCACCUCUA